UCCGGUAUUGUAAGGAUGGGGGCUGUGGAUUGUCAUUGCCACCUUGCGGCGCCCGAGUUCCAAGAGGACAUUGAAGAUGUAUUGGAAGAAGCAAAGCAGGCAAAAGUUUUAGCCCUGGUUGUAGUUGCUGAACACUCAGGAGAAUUUGGAAGAAUUAUGCAACUUUCAGAAAGGCAUCCAGGAUUUGUCUUUUCAUGUCUGGGUGUGCAUCCAGUUCAAAGAACUCCAACAGGACAGGAGCGCAGUGUUACUUUAAAGGAUCUGGAUGAAGCAUUGCCACUCAUAGAACUCCAUAAAGACUGCUUGUUGGCCAUUGGAGAGGUUGGUCUGGAUUUCACUCCCAGAUUUGCCAGCACAGAUGAGCAGAAAGAAGAGCAAAGGCGAGUCUUGAUCAAGCAGAUUCAGCUGGCAAAGGAACUUCAUCUGCCUUUAAAUGUCCACUCCCGCUCAGCUGGAAGACCGACCAUUAACCUCUUAAAGGAGCAAGGUGCCGAAAGAGUGUUGCUUCAUGCGUUUGAUGGCAAGCCUUCAGUGGCCAUGGAAGGGGUGAAGGCUGGAUAUUUUUUCUCCAUUCCUCCUUCCAUUACAAGGAGUGAACAGGAGAAGCUUGUGAAACACCUUCCUCUAGAAAGCAUUUGCUUAGAAACAGACUCUCCUGCACUAGGUCCUGAAAAACAGGUGAGAAAUGAACCAAAGAAUAUCUUCUUUGCUGCGGAAUACAUUGCUAAAAUUAAAGGAAUUUCUCUGGAAGAAGUUAUAGAUGUGACAACACAAAAUGCACUGAAACUCUUCCCCAAACUGAAAAACUUUCUCUGCAAAUAGUUGAGGUGCUGCAAUCUAAAGCAGGCAAAUUCUUGUGAAAUGAUUCUGAUGUAGAACUAAGUUAUAACUUCAUAUGUUAUCUACUUUCAAGUAAUGAUCAGUCUGUCUGGAUUCUUCAAUGGAACAAUUUGUCAAAUACAGAAUUAUUAAUCCUUUCUGUUUAGUCUGGCAUUAUUUAGUUUUUCCUAAAGAAGGACUAUUACAUAAUUCUUAUUUUAAUGCCUGUGCAUUAAUUUACUUAGGGUCUAAAGAAAGUACAAAUUGGGAUCAAGUUAAUAGUCUAGUCACUUGCUGCUUUGUGUAUCCUACUCUUCUCCUAUGGAGCUCAGUGAGGUUUAUCCUCACAACAACCCUGUGAGGUACGUUAGGGGAGAGUCACUCUUGGAACUUCUUGGCUGAAUUGGGAUUUGAAACUGGGUUUUUCCUGUUUAAUCUUAGCCUUUUCGCUUCUCUUCCAUGCUGGUUUUGGGAUCCUGCAAGCAAGCUGAUGCAAAAGAUCUGGUCUGCAGCUUGGGAAAGCUUGACACAAUUCCCAAACAUUUCAGGGUAUAUGAAUUGUUCUACUAUGUCUAAAUCUCAGUUUAAUAAGGGCUGUUGGAAAAAUACACCAUUGUAUGCAAGAUAACACAUGUGACUGUCAACUUGUAUAUACAAUAUCGGGAAGCCAUGAUGGCCAGCAAUUUUCCCCUAUGGAAAAAUACAUACACACAUGCAGU